UUCACCUUUUGGAAUGGCCGGAUCAACGAAUCGCACUCUUUGAUUUUACAUUUAAUAAUUAAUCAGUUUACUCUUACCUUAAACAACAUUCGUGUAACCACUCUUGACCGAGGCCUAGUUCACAUGAGUCGGAAAUGGAUUUUCUUGUUCGGUGUGCUGGCAAGCAUAGGUACACCAGGUAUAGUGCAGGUGCAGGCCAUAGACGUGUACACCAAAGCGAAGGAGGUGGAGGCAGUGAAUGGCACACAUGUGAGGCUCCACUGCUCAUUCAAGUCGACGGAGCCCAUUUCUGAGGACUCGGUCAUUGUUUCGUGGAGUUUCAAACCACUAAACAAUGGCGAGGAGGAAACAGUUUUCCACUACCAGGACAAUCCCUUUCCGCCCACGGCAGGCCGCUUCAAAGACCACGCGGUCUGGUCAGGGGACAUCAUGGGAGAGGAUGCCUCCAUCACCCUCAAUGACGUCCAGUUCCACUUCAACGGCACCUAUAGUUGCCAGGUCCACAACCCGCCCGACUUCGAAGGCUACGCAGCAGAUGUCACUCUCAAGGUUGUCCUUAAACCGUCAGUCUCAGAGAUCCAGAUCUUGGCGGCGUCGGUAGGUGGUGCCAUCGGAGUCAUCAUCGUCCUCCUCAUAAUCUUUGUGCUGGUGCGGAAGAAGCUGAAACGGAGCCAUGAACCCGAAGUGGAGCUACGGGAGCGCGAGUGGAAGGACCCCACUGUCUGCAAACCCGAGGAGGCUAUUCACCUGAUGGUAGUGGCCAAGGCUGUCGCGGCAGACAGCUCGGACGAUGACGAUGACGAGGAGAGCGAUGAUGACGAUGACGACGACGAUGAUGAUGGCGAGGAGGGAGAUGAUGACGACGAUGAUGAUGAUGAUGAUGACGACGAUGAUGAUGAUGAUGACUAGUACAGGUAACCUUGGCACACAUUGAGAGCAGUUACAUGUACGGAGUAUUCCAAUAUAAUUACUCCAUUAGCAUUCUGUUUAAAACAAGUUCGGGAAUAUUCCAGUCGUGUGGAGCAGUGAGGGCGUUUAUAUGCAAUUCAGUAUCCCAAAUAUGAGGCUUACCCCGGUUAUGAUUAAAUUCGGGAUAAGGUGUUUAUAUGAGUGUUAUAUGCCUCACAACAUUCUUGGCCGUUAUGGAAUUCUCUUCAAAUGCCUGGAUACCAGCAACAACGAUCUAUGCCUUGGUAUCCAGGAUAAAGUGUUUCCAUGCGUCAGUAUCCCGGCUUCUGUCGGAAUACUCCACCUAUAUCCCUAUAUCCAUAUCCUAAUUUCUCAGUCUCAAAUAAGGGCUUAUCUGGGAUACGAAAGUCGGGUAAAGGUGUUUAUGUUUUCAAACAAAUUCUGGAUGGUUAAUAUCCCGAUCAUAUUUGGGGUACUGAACUGUGUAUAGACGCACUCAAUGUCGUGCAACCAGAAUAUUCCCUGAAUAUGGCUACAUUCAGAAUGAAUUAAGAGUUAACAUGAUUUUUGCGUUUGAUAAAUACUGCCACCAUUACGUGUAAAAUCCAGAAUAUCCUUGCAUGUAGCUGCGGUCAUUGCUGGGCAUAGGCCUACAGAAGGAAAGCACAGACUCUGAAACAGACUUGCACUGCUGUCAAUCAACUGGCACCGUCUCACCUGUUUCUGAUGUGCUUCUUGUAGAUGUAGAUGUGGCCAUAUCACUGAUAAUCCAUUAUAUGAAAAGUAUGUCAACUAUGAUGUAGCCCACACAGUUGUUUUUUUCAUCGCCACUAUUUUCAUGGUCAUUUGCAUUUGACCUAGUUCUUUGCAUUACAUCAUUUUACUGCACACAAUCUUUUUAUGCAAACCUUUGAAGAAAAAGUUGAACUUACUUGCUACCAAUGUCUUUCUAGCGCUGACAUGGACUACAUGAGACGAUGGCUGCAGCUGUUGCUGGUUGUAUGUGUGUGUGUGUGUGUGUGUGUGUGUGCGCGCGUGCGUGCGUGCAUGCAUGCAUGCAUGCAUACGUGUUUGUGUCUGUGCGUGUGUGUGUGUGUCUGUGCGUGCGCGUGUGCGUGCGCGUGCGCGUCUGAGCUUUCAUCACAAAGGAGUGCCUAUGUAAAGGAAUUGCCAUCUGAUCAAAUACCCAGGAUGCACUUCUCUACCUUCAGGCUUCUGUAUUAGGUGAAAGACUAAGGGUUCAAGUCAAACUUCUACCUCCCAUCCUCUCCUGUUGUGUGUGGCCUCGUGACACGAGGAUUGUCGUCAUUGAUGAUGGAAGUGUUAUUCAAUGUCUUGCAUAAGUACACGUUUAUUGAUCAUUAUCUAAUUUGAAAUCAGGAUGUUGAAUUGGGGGGAAAAAAGUAUCUCUGCCUAGGUUUAGAGCAGAAAUGUUAUUGUUUACUCCAUCAAGGUGGAGAUGACAGCAGGCAAGAGACCACGAGCAACAGGACAGGUCACAAGGUAGUAUUUUGUUCGAAGAAUUUCAUUGCAAAAUGACGUAAGCGCCAAUUUUUUACUUUUGCAUUUUCUAAUUGGAAAUGAGUGUUCAGACGUCCUAUCAUCAAUGUGUGAACAUCCUUUUCAACCUAUAUAAAAUGCAUUUUACAAUGCAGUGCAGUGCAGUGCCCAAUACAAAAAUGUCAAUUUCCCAAAAUGUUCCUAAAUGGAUAUACGUCAUUUUGCAACAAAGCUCUUCAUUUUGAUGAAAAGAUAAAAAAAACACUAUU